AUGGCAAAGCUAAUAGUUCUUGCAGUCGCAUUUACCGUCCUUGUCGCCAUUGCCUCUGCCCGUAAGACCGUUGUGGUUACCACCACCAUUGACGACGACGAUCCAAGUAGCCAAAAACAGCAACAGUAUUGUAGUCCAAAGCUUCGGCAAAAAAGUUUUGAUCAGUGUCAAAUGUACCUCGACCAACAAGCGGAUGAAAAACAAGACCAAGACUUGAUUCGGCAACAGUGCUGCUCCGAACUCCAAAAAGUUGACGAUCAGCAGUGCCAGUGUGUCGCGGUUAAGCAGGUUUUAAAAGAUUUCUUGCAGUCCCAACAACAAAAACGUGUAGAACAAGGUGAAGGUUUAUUCGGUUUUCAACAGAUUGAACGGUUUAAGCAAAAGGCUCAAAACCUCCCUAACCAAUGCAUAAUCCAAAAAAGUCAACAAGAAUGCAAAAUCGGAACUAUUAGCACCACAACUAUCAUCACCGAGGACCCCUACAACCACCCCAGUAUUAUCUCUACACGUGGUGGCUCAGAACAAAUGUAA